GCAUAGUUUGUCAAUAUAUACACUUGUUCACAUGCUUCAAAAUUAAGAAAAAAGAAUUUCCAUAUUCACAAUCAUGAAGGAAACUAUAGUUCUUUACCCUGCCUUUGGGAGUGGACACUUAAUGUCUAUGGUUGAAUUAGGCAAACUCAUAUUAACCCAUCACCCUUCAUUUUCCAUCACAAUUCUCAUCCUCACACCACCCAACAAUAAGAAUAAUGAUUCCACCACUCAACUGAUUGCCUCUAUCUCUAACAAAUUUCCAUCCAUAAACUUCCAUUUUAUUCCUUCCAUUUCACUCACUUUAAAACUCCCACCUCACUUACAAACCCUUGAACUCUCCCCUCUUUGCAACCAUCAUGUUCACAAUAUUUUUCAAUCCAUUUCAAAAACCACAAACAUCAAAGGUGUUAUUUUGGAUUUCCUCAAUUAUAGUGCUUCACAAAUUAACAACAUACUUGAUAUCCCUACUUACUUUUACUUCACCUCAGCAGCUUCUAUGCUAUCACUUUUUCUUCAUCUUCCAACUUAUCACAAAAAAGCCACAAAAGCUAUAAAAGACUUUAACAUUGACACACCUAUUGAACUCCCUGGGUUGCCGACGUUAUUCGUUGAUGACUAUCCCGACGAUGGGAAAGAUCCAACUAGUCCAGGUUACCAAAUUUUGCUUGAAUGUGCUAAAGUAUUUAGGGAAAGUGAUGGAGUUAUUAUAAACACUUUUGAUGCUUUUGAAAGUAAAGCUAUUAAAGCUUUAAGAGAUGGGUCGUGUGUUCCGGACGGAACCUCUCCAUUGAUUUUUUGUAUUGGACCAGUGAUUUCAACCUUGUAUGAUACAGACGAACAUCAAUGUAUGAGUUGGCUCGACUUGCAGCCCCGUCAAAGCGUUGUGUUGUUGAGCUUUGGAAGUAUGGGGAGAUUUUCUAAGGCUCAGUUGAAUGAGAUAGCUCUUGGAUUGGAGAAAAGUAAACAAAGAUUCUUGUGGGUUGUUAGGAGCGAGUUGGAUUUAGAUGAGUUGAGUUUGGACGAGUUGUUGCCGGAAGGAUUUUUGGAGAGGACAAAGGAGAAUGGAAUGGUGGUGAGGAACUGGGCCCCACAAAGAGCAAUAUUGAGUCAUGAUUCAGUGGGUGGGUUGGUGACUCAUUGUGGGUGGAACUCAAUUUUGGAGGCAAUUUGUGAAGGAGUUCCAAUGAUUACAUGGCCGCUUUACGCUGAACAAAAUCUUAAUAGAGUGAUUUUGGUGCAAGAAACAAAAAUUGCAUUGAAACUAAACGAGUCAAGGGACAAGUUUGUAAGUGCGUCUGAGUUAGGGGAGCGAGUUAUUGAGUUGAUGGAAUCAAAUAAAGGAAAAGAGAUUAGAGAAAAUAUUUUAAAGAUGAAAAUAAGUGCUAAUGAGGCAAGAGGAGGAAGUGGAUCUUCUCUUGUUGAUUUGAAAAGAUUAGGAGAUUCAUGGAAGGAGCGUGACUCUUACAACGAAUUAUCUCCGAAUUCUCCUUUUCUUAUUUAUUGAAUUAAUUUGUGAGCAUAAGCUUAAAAAGUUGGGUAAUGUUAAAGAAGUGAAUUUCACAUCAGAAGUCACUUAUUGUAUUUUGAAUUUUAUCACUAUGGAGGUUGUGGAUGUUACAGUCAACUAUUAUAAGUUUGUAUUCAUUUCCUUUUUAAAUUGAGUUUUAAAAAUAAAAAAAAUUGUACUUAUAUAUCUUGAGAAAUAUUUUCAUUAAGACAAUUUCCAAAAUAAUGAUGAUGGAAUAUUUUUAUUUGGAAGGUUAGAUGUUGAAGUAAAAUGUGAGAGAUAAUUACUGCAAACAAUUAAUGAGGAUUUCCCAAAGAAAUUCAGCACUUGAUGAGUUAUUAUGUAGAGAAGAGAUACAUGUA